AGGAAAGAUGAUGGUUCAGCAAGGUUUCCAAUCUUGUCAUCGAAGCCCGUUACCUUCAAGAAAAAACAUGGAGAAAGGGAGAGAGGGAGAUAAGCUUUUUGUUGUUUAUCUUACUAGUUUGACAACAAAUAUUCGCAUAUGGAAAUCUCUGAAUAUGGACAAGGAAAGUGCUAACUUAAAGAUUAUCAAAACAGUGCUGCAAAUUGAUCCGAAAGAAUGAUGGAAACUGCAAAGAAGACAAAUGGCCUGAUCGAUACAGUGUUUUCGUGGUCUUUUGAUGACGUGAUAAACAAAAAUUUGUACAAAGACAAGGUUAAGGAAAUCCCAGAUACCUUCUUGUCCACAUAUCAUUACCUCAAUUCAUUCAUCUAUCCACUUCUUGAAGAAACGCGUGCUGAUUUGUACUCAAACAUGACAGACUCACUGUUUAAUGCCCCGGCUUGUGAGGUAUUAGGCUUGAAAGUGUCUAAGGAUUUCAAACUUCCGAAAGAUUUCUACUACACCAUUCGGUUGAAGACAACUAGAGAGGGUGGUGGUGGGAGUAAACAAGUAUAUGAACCAGAGGUUGGGGAUUUAAUCGCGUUCUCUGAUGUGAGGCCUAAGCGCAUCGAGGAUCUGAACAGGCCAAAGACAUCCUAUCUCAUAGCUGUAGUUCAAGGCAGAGGGGAUGAUGAUGAUGAUGAUUAUGAUGAUUGGUUUCCAAUCCUGUCAUCGAAGCCCAUUACCUUCCAGAAAAAGGAUGGUGGGAAAGGGAUGGAGGGAGAUAAGCUUUUUGUUGUUUAUCUUACUAGUUUGACAACAAAUAUUCGCUUAUGGAAGUCUCUGAAUAUGGACCUGGAAAGUCCCAACUUAAAGAUGAUCAAAACAGUGUGGGGAAUUGAUUGGAAUGAUGACAGAAAUUGUGCCUUUUGCACCCAAGAAGAAACCGAGGGGACUAUUUUAUUGAAUGCUAGAGCAGCCAUUCACUCCUUUGGAUUGGAUGAUUCCCAGGAAACGACUGUUUUGAGUUGUGUAAAAGCCAGGCAAUGUGUUCACAGAAAUACUGUUAAGCUAAUUUGGGGUCCUCCUGGAACCGGGAAAACAAGAACAGCUGCCUCCUUGUUGUAUGCCCUCUUCAAUAUGCAUUGCAGAACUUUGACUUGUGCCCCUACAAACAAUGCAGUCAUAGGAGUUGCAAAGCAGCUUAUGGAACUGGUAACAGGUAGUCUUCAUUAUCAUAGUUAUGGUCUCGGGGACAUUGUUGUUUUUGGCAAUGGAGAACGAAUGAAGAUCGAGGAUCACGAGGAUCUGUGGGACGUGUUUCUUGAUUAUCGUGUUCGUGGUCUUGCUAGGUGCUUGUCACCCGUGGUCGGGUGGCAAGUUGGUUUGGUUCAGAUGAUAAGUUUGCUCGAAGAGCCUGAAGGUUCAUACCACAAAUAUUUAUUAUUUGAGUCGAUAAAAGAGAAGAAUGAAGAGAGUAGUGAUGAGGAACAAGAACCAGGAAGUUCAGCUGGGGAACUAAAUAAAGACUUGAAGAUAAAUAAGCAUUGGAAAAAGUUCAUUAUUCAGAGCUUAAAAUGGAAAAAGAAGAAAAAGAUGAAAGAAGAGUCUCCUCAACCUUGUCACAGUGGAAAGACAAGGAUUUGGACAUUUGAGGAAUUCGUUUUGAACAAGUAUAAAUCCUUAGCGGAUCGACUAGAGUUUUGUAUGACAACCUUGUACACUCAUUUGCCUACUUCCUACAUCCCCCUGGAAGUAGCGAAGAACAUGGUUAGAGCACUCGAGGUGUUUCGAACUCUAGGAGCAUUGUUGAAAACUGUUUCUACAGAGACAAAGCACAUUGAUGCAUUGCGGGCAACAAAAUCAGAAUGUGUUGCAACAUUACAACUUCUUCAAGGCAGCUUUUGGCUCCCGAAUUUCUUUGAAAAAAAUCAAAUUCGGAGCUUUUGUUUGAAAAAUGCAGUCUUGAUUUUCUCUACUGCCUCGAGUUCAUCCAAGGUGUACACUGAAGAGACACCAAUUGAGGUGGUGGUGAUCGAUGAAGCCGCUCAGCUUAAAGAAUGUGAAUCCACUAUUCCCUUGCAGCUACCCGGUCUUCGCCAUGCAAUGCUAUUUGGAGACGAGAAACAAUUGACAGCAAUGGUUCAAAGCAAGAUUUGCGAGAAAGCUAAUUUCGGGAGGAGCUUGUUCGAGAGGCUGGCUAAAUUAGGAAAAAAGAAGCAUCUCCUUAACAUUCAAUACAGAAUGCAUCCCUCAAUAUGUUUGUUCCCAAAUAGGAAGUUCUAUGAAGAGAAGAUCAUGAAUGGCCCUAAUGUCACAAACUUAAGCUACGAGAAACGGUUUCUCAAAGGAACCAUGUUCGGUCCGUAUUCUUUCAUCAACAUAAGCAAAGGAAAAGAAGAGCUUGAUCACAAAUAUAGUUUUAAAAACAUGGCAGAAGCUUCUGCAGUAGCUGAGAUCAUUGCUAUGCUUUACAGAGAAUUUCUAGUUUCAAAGCAAAGAGCUCGUGUUGGCUGCAUAUCACCGUAUAAGGCACAGGUUUCUGCAAUCCAAAAACAGAUUGGCAAGAAAUACAGCAGUGAUGUGGGCAGUGAGUUUUCGGUGAAUGUACGAUCUGUGGAUGGAUUUCAAGGCGGAGAAGUAGAUGUUAUCAUUUUAUCUACGGUUCGGUCUAAUGGAAUGGGAAUGGUGGGGUUCUUGUCCAACCUUCAGCGAACAAAUGUGGCUCUGACUCGAGCCAGGCAAUAG